GAUAUGUGUUGCGGUAUAUUCCGGUUAGCUUGAAGCUGAACCGUUUCCUGCUCCUGUCGGUCCUCUUGCAGUGGAAACCAGUACGGAACCAGAGCUCCCAGUACACCCAGUGAGUCCAGUAGAGUGUCAGCGUGCCGCGGAGAGCGUGAGGAGGCCGGAGGUUCCAUUAAAUUAUCGGGAACACCGGGACAAACGGCGGGAAAAUGGCGAAGACGUACGACUAUCUGUUCAAACUGCUGCUCAUCGGUGACAGCGGCGUCGGUAAAACCUGCCUCCUGUUCCGGUUCAGCGAGGACGCCUUCAACACCACCUUCAUCUCCACCAUCGGAAUCGACUUUAAAAUCAGGACGAUAGAGCUGGAUGGCAAGAAAAUCAAACUUCAAAUCUGGGACACGGCAGGUCAGGAGAGGUUCAGGACCAUCACAACAGCCUAUUACAGAGGAGCCAUGGGGAUCAUGCUGGUAUAUGACAUCACCAACGAGAAGUCCUUCGACAACAUCAGGAACUGGAUACGAAACAUAGAGGAGCAUGCAUCCUCAGAUGUGGAGAGAAUGGUUCUGGGAAACAAAUGUGACAUGAACGACAAGAGACAAGUGUCCAAGGAGAGGGGAGAGAAGUUGGCGAUAGAUUAUGGGAUCAAGUUUCUGGAAACCAGCGCAAAGUCCAGCAUCAACGUGGAGGAGGCCUUUUUCACACUCGCCAGAGACAUCAUGACCAGACUCAACAGAAAAAUGAACGACAAUAACCCGUCAGGUGGAGGUGGUCCGGUUAAAAUCACAGAGUCUCGCUCUAAAAAGAGCUUCUUCAGAUGUACGCUGCUGUAGGCGGAGCCUCCACUCACACCUGCACCUCCUCCUCCUCCUCCUGCUGCUGCAGAGCUGAACCUCCUCCUCCUGAUGGAGGAACAACAGACCUGUGGAAACAUGAAGAAUCAAACAUGUUCAUUGAAUCUGCUCUUCCUCCGCUCUGAUCUGCCUCUUCACCUCCUGCACGCUGCCUCUUCCUCCCUCCUCUUCCUCUUGUUUUUAUUCUCACUGCCGUCAGCUCGGCAGCUGAAGGAGACUCAGAGUCUGAACUCAAAAUGUUUCGAAAGAAAGAAAAUGUAAGUGAUGAUGAAGACUUGAAUGUCAGAGAUGAAGAAGAGAGUGGAUGUUUGGAGUCGUCUCUGUCACUUCUCGUGUUUUUAUAUUUCUGAACUUAAAUGAACUGAACAUGUGGGAGAUGAAGAGUUUCUGUCAUCUGAAGUCUGGAAAAAAAGAAAAAAACUAAAAGAUUGAAGCCUUAAAGGAGCAAACCGUCUAUUUUACAGAAAAUACUGACGACAUGUAGCAUGACAGAUUUCUGUCUCAGUCUGAUCAAACUACGGAGGCUUCAGUUUUACAGACUGUUACAGUCAUUGAUCAGUAAUCAGCUGAGCUAUUAUAAGUAGACUGAUUAACUGAUCAUGAUCAGACCUCUUUCCUCUGUCCUGAUGAGGGAGAAAUCUGAUUAUAACAAUGUUUUUAAAGGCUGUAGGUUGGAGUUUAACUGUUUAAAGUAAAGCAAAACGAAUAACAGACACAUCAAUAAAUUUAAAGGCAUGUGAAAAUACAAAGAAUCAACAUCAAUAAGCCAGAGUUUAAUAAAUCAGAGGUAAAUCAGAAUUUAAUGAUAAAACAGAGGUUGAAUAGUCAUGUUUAUGUCUUAAAAUGUUCAACGAAUCCAUUUUUAAAUGGUUUCAAACAGUAUUUGUUUUAUCCUCAUUUUAUGUUUCUUUAGUUUUUUUAAUUGUAUUAUUCAAAGAUAUUCAUUUAUAAAAUGUUUCCAUAAUUCUUAAUAAUUAAACACUUAAAUUUCUCCUCUGGUACAAACAUGUACCAGCACUAAGAAUAAUACUGAUAUUAACUAAUAUUAUAUUGUUUAAAAAAUAACACAGAUAUCCAUUAAUGAUCCCUGAUCCAGAGAAGAUUCCAGAUGUUUUAUCUGACCAAUGUUUUCUUCCAGCUUCAGACUGAGAUGUUUAGUUUUUCUAAAGAAGCUUGUUUUUCUGUUCGGUUGCAGAUACACUCUAAAAAAAAUGCUUGUCUAUGUUUUUGUAUUUUGUCUUGUUUCUUUAAAACCACUCAAUGCUCAUGUUUUUAUUUUAUUUUGCAUUUUUAUUGUUUGAAUUCUUAUUUUUGUAUGAAUCUGAAAGAUUUCAGUCUUAACAGUUAUGUUCACAUGCAGCUGUUCAGAGUCACAGUUCAGACCUGAGCUCAGUUUAAGAUGAUUCAUUAGAAAAAAUGAUUUAAUGAUACAUUUAUGAACUCAGAAUAACCAUAAAUUAGUAAUAACGAGUCGCCCAGCUGUUCUCAGACCGGAGCUAAUCAGUGAUCAGCAGAUACUGAAGGAAACCUGUUUGAUCCUGUGAACAGCUGCAUGUGAAUGUAACUGACAUGUUGAACUGUGUGUUUGUUUACAGACUCACUGCAGCAGUAUUAUUAUUAUUAUCAUUAUUAUUAUUUGAUAUUUCUCACCUCCUGCUGCACUUUGUGUUUGUGCUUCUUCUGAUAAAAGGUGCUUUAACAAUCAAUCAAUCAGUCGACUGAUCCGGAAACGUUUACUGUCUGAGCAGAACUUUAGAUCAUUUUCAUUGAAACACCAGAGAUCUAUCAACCUGAUCAAUACUGAUAUCUGCCAGUUCAUACUUAUUCCCUUACAGUAAUUAUUCACCAGUUCUUUCUGAUUAUUGGAUGGAUAAUAACAGCUGCUUUUAUCUGCUCAUGUUUGUGGUUUGUCAGAGUCUUAUUUUGAAAGAAAAAACACAUUUUACUUUAUGUCUUUGUGGUUUCUUUCUCUUCAUGUUUAAAAAUGUCUCUUUAACGUGUGAUGAAAACGACUGAACAACAGAAUGACACUGAGGUUAAAACAGCUGCCGUUUGUUCUGUGGAGAAAAAUGUUUCCCGUUCUGAAUGUUUGAACAUGAAUCAGCAUAAAUCAAAUAAUCAGCUGAUCAGUGAGGAGAUAAUCAGUCGUUUAAAGACAGUUAAAGUGUUCCUGCACCUUUUGUUGUUUUCCAGUCUGGUUUGUAAGUUUCUGUUCAAACUCUUUUAUACAUGUUGUUUUUUUUUAUUUUCAGCACUUUGUAACUUUGCUAAAACUCUGCUAUGCAAACAUACAGUCUUAUUAUUAUAAUGAUUGUUAUUAUUAUUAUUAUUAUUAUUGUGAGUCUUUGUUACAGAGGAGGGUCAGAGCUGCAGACUGAAGGAACAUGUGAGAAAAAUAUUAAAGUUUUUUAUUUUUCACAUUAAAUCAGAUUUUUACACAUAAAACUUUAUUUCAAAUAAACAUUUUAUAUUUGUGACUUUGUUCAUUUUCUGUUCAGCAGAUUUUAAAGAAUUAACAGAAACACGUUAAGUGAGAUCAUUGACUAUUUGAUUAUUGAUCUCUGCUGAUCGCUGAUUAGAAUUUUAUUUUUUAUUUUUUACAUUAGAGGAUGUAAACAGAGAAGAAACAAAAGUGAAUGAAAACAGAUGAAGGAUCUGAUGAAGAGCUGGAUGUUUGCACCUUUAGAUUUUUUUCUACUGUGAAUCGUUGAUGGAAAAAAAAAUGGUCAACCCUGAUUUUUAUGAGAAAACCUCAUGUGUGUAAAAAUAAGAGUUUUCCUGGAGAAUGAUCAAAAAAGACAGAUGCUCUUAUUCUGAAAUGAUCGACUCGCUCUGAUCAUCAGAAAACUGCAGUGACCUUUGACCUCUCGUCCUUCAGUUUAAGGUUGGUCUUCCUGCUCUGUGAUGUCUGAGCUGCAGCUGAUUGUAAAAUAAAAUACCCUUUUCUAUUGA